GAGCGGCGGCCAGCGGAGCGGGAUGGCCACGGAGCCGGGCGGAGCUGUCCUGCGGCUCCCGGAGCCGGCUCUGGGGUCCGAGACAUGGCCCGGGGUCCCGGCCCGCUAGGCCGGCCUCGCCCCGACACGGCCGCCAUGCCUAAGCGAGGGAAGCGGCUCAAGUUCCGAGCCCACGACGCCUGCUCGGGUCGAGUGACCGUGGCGGAUUAUGCCAACUCGGACCCGGCCGUCGUGAGGUCUGGACGGAUCAAGAAAGCCGUCGUCAAUGCCGUUCAGCAGGAAGUAAAGUCUCUUUGUGGCUUGGAAGCCUCUCAGGUUCCUGCAGUGGAAGCUCUUUCUGGGGCUGGUGAGCCCUGUGAUGUCGACAGCAGUGACGAGGUGGAUGCGCAGGAGGAGAGCAUCCACGAGAGACCUGUCUCCAGAAAAAAGAAAGGCAAGAGGCACAGAGAAGACUUGGAUGAGGCUGGAGGGGAAGAAUACCCCAUGGAUAUUUGGCUGUUGCUGGCCUCCUACAUUCGUCCUGAGGACAUUGUGAAUUUUUCCCUGAUUUGUAAGAAUGCCUGGACUGUCACUUGCACUGCUGCCUUUUGGACCAGGUUGUACCGAAGGCACUACACGCUGGAUGCCUCUCUGCCUUUGCGCCUGCGACCAGAGUCCAUGGAGAAGCUUCGCUGCCUCCGGGCGUGUGUGAUCCGAUCUCUGUACCAUAUGUAUGAGCCCUUUGCUGCCCGAAUCUCCAAAAACCCAGCCAUUCCAGAGAGCACGCCCAGCACAUUAAAGAAUUCCAAAUGCUUACUUUUCUGGUGCAGAAAGAUCGUUGGGAACAGGCAGGAACCAUUGUGGGAGUUCAACUUCAAGUUCAAAAAACAAUCUCCUAGGUUAAAGAGCAAGCGCAUGGGAGGGCUGCAGCCUCCUGUUCAGUACCAGGAUGUUCACACCAACCCUGACCAGGACUGCUGCCUCCUGCAGGUCACCACCCUCAAUUUCAUCUUUAUUCCAAUUGUCAUGGGAAUGAUCUUCACCCUGUUUACGAUCAAUGUGAGCACGGACAUGCGGCAUCAUCGAGUGAGGCUGGUGUUCCAAGACUCUCCUGUCCACGGUGGCCGGAAACUGCGCCAUGAGCAGGGUGUGCAGGUCAUCCUGGACCCAGUGCACAGCGUCCGACUCUUUGACUGGUGGCAUCCUCAGUACCCCUUCUCCCUGAGAGCAUAGUCACUGUCCUGUUGCUGUGGGCAGGCUGAGCUGGGCCACCCACUGGUGGUCAGAGUCCUGUGUGGAAGGGGCGGCUGGAGUGUUUUGCUCUCUAGGUUUCAGGCUCCUGUUGGGGAAGGAGAAGGGUUGAAUCAAGAGGAAAAACAACUCUGACUUCUAAACACACUUUAAUGUAAAAAUUUCAUUCGAAAGGAGAAACCAGGCCCUAUUUUCUGCGUUAAACCCCAUUUGGUGCUAUUGAGUUUGUUGUUCUUUCUUCUUUUACCCCAAUGAAAAUGGAUGAUCUUGCUUUAGGAAAAAAUUAGACUCUUGAAUCAAACAUGGAAGUUAAGCUUUCCCUGUGGAUCAGAGGCUCUGUAGAGGCACAGAAUCGCUGCUGCUGUUGCUCCAGUUUACCAGCCCCUCAAAAUAAAGUGAAUAUUCCCCCUUGACCCUCCUUCAGAAAUAAAGCAGGUGACAGGGUUUUCAGAAUCUUA